AGCAAUUCUGAACAAAACUCUUGGGAAAAAUGGAUAAAGAAUCUAAUUUAAACCUAAUUUAAGCAUUAUCAUAAAGAACUUUCAGCUAUAUCUUUCUGUAACAUAUCGCUUAAUUUCACCGAUUUUCACGCAAAAGUCUGAAGUAGUUCAGUUCAUGCGAAAGACAUUAGCCAAACUACAUGGUGUUUCGCUCCAGUCGGUUUCCUCUGGUAGUAGAAUGUCACCAAGAACCGGACUUCCUGAAUUUAGUCAAUUGGCUCCUACUACUGGUCAUUUAAUGCAUCCACCUCCUAAUGAUAAAGAAGUAAUGAAUAGAUCGAUUGAUUUAACGUUUGGUUUAAUCGUUGUGAUACUAAAUAUCGCUGAAAUUAUUCUAAUCAGCAGAAUUAAACGAAAAAAGAAAAUAUACGAAAUAUGUAUUCUGAGUCUCUCCGUUACAGAUUUGCUUUUCGGAAUUUCAAACAGCGUUGUCAGUGCAAUAUAUCUUUCAAAAAAUGCUCAAAAUGAAAGCAUAUUAGAGAUAACAUACACAACAUAUUUUUAUUUCGUCUUAAACUCAAUACUCCACUUGAUUUGGAUAACUUUUGAUCGCUUGUGGUUGGUUCUAAAACCCUUGCAGCAUAGAGCCUACGUUUCAAGAAAAAGAAUUUGUAUCGUGUUAGCUGCUACAUGGAUCACUUCAACUGUUAUAGCUGCUUCUCUUUAUGCAUCAGAUAAGGUAUCAGACGCGUUCAUCAAGUCCUAUGUCACAACAUCUUAUGUUAACACAGCAGUUACCAACAUAACAAAUGAUUUCAAAACAUCUUCAACAGUAGCCCCAACAAUGUUCACCUUACCGGAAAUGAGUACAAAACUUUGGCGCACAAAACCUAAGUUAGAAGCAAUCAGGAAUGUUCGUAGAGAAAAGACAUAUCAGGAUACAAUGCAGCUUGUGUUGUCUGUAUUUAUUAUUAUAGCCGAUGUAGUAUUAAUUUCCACUUAUGGGAUGAUCAUAUAUCUACUUAACAACUCACUACGAACAGAGAGUAUCAAUCAUAUGUGUAUCCAUUGUAGCUAUAUUCGUCAUCUUCACUUUACCAUACGCGCUAGUCCGGCUUAUUACAAAACACGUACCAUUAUGGGGAAAUUUAAUGUUGAUUUCAAACAGUGGUUUAAAUAGUAUUAUAUACUUCUUUCGUGGAAAAUGUGAGAAAUAUCAAGAAAAACGAGCCCUAAAAAACGCACAGAUAAUUUUUACAGUGUCAACUACAACUUUUUCAACUCAUUGUUGAUAAAAAUUACAAACUGGAAAGAACCAAAAAAAGCAUUCUUCGUCCUUUUAAUAUAGUAUUUUUAGAAACUAGACUGUUUAUUAACUCAAAAAAUUUAUAAUGUAUUAAAAAAAAUAUACGUCUGAUCUAUUACAAUAAAUAAUUGCAUGUAAUAUAGGCUUUAGAAUAACACACUUUAGAAUAAAACGAUAUAUUUCUGGUCAAGUAAUAUGAAUAUAAAUGUGUGUAAAUUUUUUAACUCGUUUGGAUUAUUUUAUAGAGUGCAAAUUUUUCCUUAACAUGCGCUUACAAGGAUUGUAUUUUCAAAUUAUAUAGCGUUAGAGGAGAUCUUUUUUCAUAACAAGAAACUUUUUUGCAUCUAUGUACAUUUAUAGUUGUUUUAUUUUACUUAAAGGAUGCACGUAAUGACUGCUAGUCUUCGCUUUAAUGGAUUGGUUAGAAAUCAGGCCUGUGGAGUGAAAAGUUUAUCAGUACUGAGGGAAAAAACAAUUUCACAUUUAAACAUCAUACUUAACAUUUAAAGUGAAUAAAAAUAUCAAAAUAGUCUUUGGUAUCCAUAAUUUAAUCUAUGUAGGCUAAUCUAUGCUUUCAAACCAAUGCAAUGAAUUUUCUUUCCUUUUUAACAGAACUUAAAAUAGAGAAGAUAAAAAGCUUUUUUAUUAAGAAGUAAUUUGUUUGGUAUUUGUUUUAUAGCUUUGUUAUCGUAUUGAAAAUAGCUUGAAAUUCUCAAUAUUAAUACAUAUUUUUCUUUUAACUCAUAUUUACAUGACUUAGAGAAUAAUUUUUAUCUCCUAAUUUUCCAUCCGUAGUUUAUAGAAGCCACGAUUUUUGCUUAGACAAACUACAGGUGCCGCUGGAUAAGUGAAACUUUCCUUGGACCGAAGAAAAUGGUUUCACUAGCUUCGAAGUUUCCUUUAAACAAACAUUAAUUUUGUCAAAAACGUCGUUCUGUGAAAAAAAUAUAGAAUUCAUAAAAAUACGGUUGUCUAAGCUUCGAGAAAGGGUAAUUUAAGACAUAAGUUCAAUUUACGAGAAUUACUUUUAUGUAGCCACUGAGUUGUAAUGUAUCACCACGCUCAUGAUUCGAAUGUAAAAAAGCACAAUCAAGCGCUGGAAGUCCGGAAUUUGUUUUGAGAAUGGAGGAAAAUUUCCUGUUAUUUUUAAUUUAAAUUUAUUCUACUGUUGUUUAUCUAAAAACAAUAAUAACAUAAACAACUCAGGAGCAUUUGAAUUCAAAAAAAAUGAGCAACGUCGUGUACUGGGUUAAAUCGACCUAAUGUUCUUUUUCAUUUCAAACGAAAAUUAUUUUGUUUAUUUAAUCUCUUCGCCAUUUAGUAUUUAAAAUUUAAUUAUAGACAGAAAAAAAACCUUGAAGAUUCCUAUAUUACAUCACGGAGCCGACUUUAAACAAUUAAAAAAGAAACUAAAAAAAACUUCUAUUUCACAAGGGCAUCACGUAAAUUAUCCUUUAAUAAUUAUUACACUUGUUACUUUUAUUUCAUGUAUUAUGCGGUUUCUAAUGCAUCAACUUUGUAUAUAAAAUAGAGUAAACUUUUAAUUUUUAACUUUGUAUAGUACUGAUGAUGACGUAAGCCGAAAAACAUUUACUUUUGAAAAUACAUAUUGAUUUUUUUGUUUUGUUUUUAUCUUUUAGGAUUUAUAUCUGCAAUAAUCUAACAUUUUUAUCCUUUUUCUCAGGUAGCCAUUUUAACCAACCAAAGUUAAAAUAUUUUACUCCCAACUUUGCGUUUCCCCCUUAACUGUAUAAAUUCAUGCAAACGUGCCCUUUUAUUACUUUUUUCAGGCUAGUGUGAUCCAGCUUUAAUUUCCUAAUUAGUGUUUUUAACAAAACAAUGUUAAAAAUACCUAUUGUGAAAAAUGGAUAAGGAGUUUAAUUAAAACUUAAUUACAACAUUAUAGGAAAGAACUUUGAGCUUGAUCUUCCUUUAACACACCGUUUUAUUUCUUGCAACAUUUCUCACAAAAGUCUGAACAAGUUCAGUUUUAGUUUAUGCAAACGACAUUAAACAAAGUACAUAAUGUUUCGUCCUAGUCUCUUUCCACCUGGUAGCAUGCAACCAAGAACUGGACUUCCUGGAUUUAGUCGAUUGCCUCCUACUGGUCAUAUAAGGCCUCCACCUCCAUCCCAGGGCCCUAACG